AUGGAGAUAUAUCAGGACCAGAAGAAAUGGCCUGAAGUUAAAGAAAAUAUGCUAGAAGCCUACUUAAAAUAUCAGCAUACAUAUUACCAGGGAGGAAUGGAGAAUGACAACAUGCCUGCAACCACAAACCCACUCACAAUCAGUCUUAAAGACAAAAGAUCACCCCUCCCACAGCAACAUUGGUUUGGAACGAUUGACCAUCCACAACUUGUAGCAGAUACGUUCAAUAGGUCAGUAGCUGUAUAUUGGAACACUCCAAGAGAAACAGGCGACUGUCUCUUCGUUUCAUUAACUACCACACCAGAAAAAUUCGAACCAAUAAUCAUCAUCUUGGACAUCAACCACUUUCUCCUUGCGAAACGUAAACCUAUCAGAAACUUCAUUUGGCCAGAAAUAAAUCCUUUUCACAAAGUCAUAGUCAAAAGAUAUGGUCUAAGCAAUAACUCAAUAAUGUAUUAA